AUGGCCUCCAAACAGCCCCGCUCUUCCUCCCCCUCGGGCCUGACCAGAGGAUACCUCUUCCUCUACAACACAACCAAUCUCUUCACCUGGGCCACCUGCGUGAUCUAUACCGCAAGCCUCAUCCCCGCCGCCCUACGAAAUGAUUCCCUUCACACCAUCUUCCAGGAAACCGCCAACCCCCUUCUAAUCGGGACGCAAUCGCUCGCCAUCCUCGAAGUCAUACACAGCAUCCUCGGCCUCGUGCGCGCUCCCUUUCUCACCACCGCGAUGCAAGUUGCCUCGCGACUGCUUCUGGUCUGGGGAAUCAUGGCAAUCUUCGGUGGCGAUAUCGUUGGUGCCGAGAAGACACAGCUGGGUGACUACGCUUAUCUGGGCUGUGUGACGGCUUGGGGUAUUACUGAGAUUAUUCGCUACGGUUUCUUUGCUAUUACGCUCUCUGGAAACCAAGUCCCCGCUUGGUGGACUUGGCUAAGAUAUAAUACUUUCUAUGUCCUGUACCCCGUUGGCAUUUCCAGCGAGUGUGCGCUUGUUUAUCUUGCGCUUGGCCCGGCGGGCGAAAUUGAGCCACUUCUCAAGUGGUUCCUGGUUGCUGUCUUGGCUAUCUAUGUGCCAGGCUCUUACGUUCUCUACACCCACAUGAUUGCGCAGCGCCGUAAGGCCCUUCGGGGCAAGAAGCGUGCCGAUUAA